AUGUCUGAAUCAAAUAUCAAUGUCAAUCAAAGUACCAUAAUAUGCAAGACAGUUAUUGGGCUCAACGAACAAAUAACUUUCACUUCAAGACAAAUUGAAAGCUUGUUGAAACUUCAGUUUUCAAAUAUGAAACCACAAGAGUGCGUAACGUUAGUUGCAUCUAGAUUAAAACUUGAUAAUAUCGAAGAGAAUUAUAUACACGCCUGGUUGGCUGACAGGCUAGGCAGCAUCGUAAAAAAUAUACAGCUUUUGCGUUUCAAUGUUCAACAAGGAGUUAUCAUCGUGCGUUGGAUUGUCCAUUAUAUAUCUUUAGUGAUCGCUGAAAAAUUGAGUAAAGUUAUGUUGUUUGAAAAAUUACGCAUGGACAUUAUUGUUGCACUGAAAAACGCCAAAGAUAAUAUGAUACCACCUCCAAAUAGUACAGAAUGUACAAUGAGUUUCGUAUCAACUAAGACCAAAGCGAAAAACGUGACGAACAUCGAUGUGGCAUCUGAUUAUAUGAACAAGCCCACUGCUUUACAAAUAGCUACAAUUAUCGCAAACACAUUACACGAAAUUUUUUGGGACGAUUUCAAGUAUACUGUGAUACAAAUGGCAUUCAACGCUAACUCGAGAGAAAAUAUUAAAAUUCUGAACYCGAUAAAAGACAUUGAUCCUUUGUAUCUACGAAAUGAUAGUGACGAACCACAAAACAAARGUACCGCAGAUAAAGACAAUGAAUGUGACGAUGUGCGAAUGUGUGCGAUUAUGGACAGAUACUUUUUUCGGCAACCGAUCAACCCGUCUUUGGAUUUAGAUCGGCUAAUAAAUAGCUUAAAGCAGUCAAUGUGCCGUAGACGCAAAUUCUAUGUUUUGGAUAAGGAUAACUAUGAUGAGAGUGUUAACACUGCCAAAAAGUAA